CUCGCUGUAAAAGUACGCGUACGUGUACGUGAGCGUGCCCGCCAGUGCUCUCGGCUGUAAAGAUGGCGGCCUGCGCGUUGCGCCGAGGCUUUCUGAGCGCCGUCAGUAAAUACAACAAGAAACACGCGCACAGAAUCCUGAGCGCCGUCGACGGGUUCGAGGGGUUCCGACCGCGGGUCCAAUGCCGCGCCUGCGCACUACCCGGCGGCGUCCAGCAGAACAGGUUCAUGUCGUCACGGCCUGAAGGGAAGAUUUUGGAGACGGUGGGAAUGUUCGAGGCUGUGAAGCAGCACGGAAAAUAUGAAACGGGACAGCUGUUUCUCCACAGCGUGUUUGGCUACAGAGGCAUCGUCUUGUUCCCCUGGCACGCCCGGCUCUACGACCGAGACAUCACCCCCCCCAUCCCCGAGAGCAAACCGGAGCCUCCGGGAGCCCACGGCUCCAAGGAGGUGAAGGGCAAGACUCACACCUACUACCAGGUCCUGAUCGACACCAGGGACUGCCCCCACAUCUCUCAGAGGUCCCAGACGGAAGCGGUGACGUUUCUGGCCAACCACGACGACAGCAGAGCCCUGUACGCCAUCCCAGGUCUGGACUACGUGAGCCACGAGGACAUCCUGCCCUACAACUCUGCGGAGCAGAUCCCGAUCCAGCACGAGCUGUUCGAGCGCUUCCUGUUGUUCAACCCGGCCAAAUCGCCCCCCUUCACGGCCAGGGACACCCUGAAGGCCUGGCAGGAGAAGAACCACCCCUGGCUGGAGCUCUCGGACGUCCACAGGGAGACCACGGAGAACAUCCGGGUCACCGUGAUCCCCUUCUACAUGGGCAUGCGGGAGGCCCAGAACUCCCACGUCUACUGGUGGCGGUACUGCAUCCGUCUGGAGAACAUGGCCAGCGAGGUGGUCCAGCUCAGAGAGCGGCACUGGAGGAUCUUCAGCCUGUCGGGAACCCUGGAGACGGUCCGAGGACGAGGGGUCGUAGGGCGGGAGCCGGUGUUGUCUAAAGAGCAGCCGGCCUUCCAGUACAGCAGCCACGUGUCUCUACAAGCACCGAGCGGCCACAUGUGGGGGACGUUUCGUAUCGAGAGGACCGACGGCUCUCACUUCGACGUCCGCAUCCCUCCUUUCUCCCUGGAGAGCAACAAAGACGACAAAGCGCCCCCUGCUGGCUACACAUUCUAACUGUCAGUCUAGAGCGCACCCCCCCCCCCCCCCCCCCGUAGCGUCACCUCAACCUUCAACUAGCAAGAGCAGUUUUAUAGAUCACCGAAAGAGCGAGAGAGAGAGAGAGAGAGAGAGAGAGACAUCAUCGAUCAACUCGGAGGAAUUACUUGUGGGUUGUUUAUGCUUAGAGCUGGUUGUUUUUAUUAUUAUUGUUGUCGUCAUGGGAAUAUUUCCUGCUGGGUUCAUGGAAAGCGCAACAACUGCAGCUUCAAGUCGGCUUAACGUGUCCCAACUCCUCCAUAAUAAUAUUAUUAUUAUUAUUAUUAUUAUUAUUAUUAUCAUCAUCGUUUGAAUUCAUGAAAAAAAAAAACAUUAACGUACCAAACAAGUAUUUUGAGGCGAGUCGGCUCCGAGUCGUCUUUAAUCAACGAAUGAAACAAACCAUAAAGUUUUUAAGGUAAUUUCAUCUCUGCCGUCUAAAAACCAGAAGGAAGUCCUAAUCACGCACACACGUACACACACACGUACACACACACACACACACACACACACGUACGUACACACACGCACACACACGUUUGUUUUUAAGCUCCGAGCACAGAUCCUCUGGUUGACGCGACUGAAGGUGGGAAUGUUGAACGUUACUGUAAAUAAAGAUGUAAUUAAAGGUGAAACCAAUAAAUAAUAAAAGUUUUAUUCUUGUU